CAGAAGGCCGCGGGAAGAUGUCCGACUGGGAGGAUGAGUACGACGAGCAUGGCGUUGCAAUUGACAAAAACGGGACUAAAACAGCUCCUGCGGCGUGGGAUGUCCCUUACAAAGGUCCGGAAAGAGAAAACGUUUCUUUUGGCUUUAAACGUGGCAGCAGAUUUGUGACCCCGAGUGAGGGACGGUCUGAAAGCAACGAUGGGGGCUACCAGAGGCGGAGCUGGAGGGGCGAGAGGCCUCCGAGCCAAGGCCGACAACAUGGAGCUGAUUCACGGGACGGAGCGGUGUCCAGGGCCGUGAAUAUUACUGUGGACAAUGCUUUGGUCGGUAGAGUCAUAGGACGAGGAGGGAGCAAGAUCCAUGAACUUGAGGAGAGCUCUGGUGCUAGAAUCAAGAUCAGUAAAGGAGACUAUGAAGGUGAAGUGUCCAUUUUUGGCAGCCCCUCUGCCCAGCAAAAAGCCAAGGAGAUGAUUGAAGAACUUGUGUCUGAUGUCAGUUCACAGAUGCGUAAAGGAAAUGACUAUGGCGACAGAGGAAGAGAUGGCUCUGCUUCAUCAAGUUCCCAGUUGAAGUCUGCAGAAGUGGCCCCGACCCGAUCUCAAAUUGACUGGAACUCCAUUAGAGAAAACAAGCAUAAAUUUGAGCAACUCAAAUGGCAGGACCUUCCGCCAUUAAAAAAAUACUUUUACAAAGAGUCCAAAAGUGUAUCCAUGCUGAGUGCUGAAGAAGUCAGUGAGUGGAGGAAGGAAAACAACAAUAUUUUUGUGGAUGAUCUAAAGGAGGAAGGAGAAAAACGUCACAUUCUUAAUCCCUGUUGUACUUUUCUGGAGGCUUUUGCGCAUUAUCCAGAGAUUAUGGAGAACAUUGAACGUGUUGGCUUUGUGAAGCCGACCCCUAUACAGUCCCAAGCCUGGCCUGUGUUGCUGUCUGGAGAGGACCUCAUAGCCAUCGCCCAGACAGGAACAGGGAAGACACUGGCGUACCUGCUGCCCGGCUUCAUUCAUAUGGAUGGACAGCCUGUUCCCAAAUCUGAGAGAGGAGGCCCAGGUAUGUUGGUUUUGACUCCCACCAGAGAGUUGGCAUUACAGAUUGAGACAGAAUGUGGAAAGUACCAAUACAAGGACUACAAGAGUAUCUGCAUUUACGGAGGAGGGGACAGGCGGGGUCAGAUCAAUGUGGUCAAAUGUGGAGUAGAUAUUGUGAUUGCCACACCAGGCCGACUCAAUGAUUUACAGAUGAAUGAACUCAUCAAUCUACGCUCCAUCACCUAUUUGGUUCUCGAUGAAGCAGACCGAAUGUUGGACAUGGGUUUUGAACCACAGAUUAUGAAGAUUAUCCUAGACAUCAGACCAGAUCGACAGACUGUUAUGACCAGCGCCACCUGGCCCUCUGGAGUUCGACGACUGGCCAAGUCUUAUCUGAAGAAUCCCAUGAUGGUUUAUGUGGGCACGCUGGACUUGGCAGCCGUCAACACUGUGGAGCAGAACAUUGUUAUUCUCACUGAAGAAGAGAAGAAGGCUUUCCUGUUUGAUUUUAUCAGAAAUAUGAAGCCACACGAUAAAGUCAUUAUUUUCGUUGGCAAAAAGAUCGUCGCUGAUGAUCUGUCGAGUGACAUGUGUCUGAAGGGUCUUGCAGUUCAGAGUCUCCAUGGUGACCGUGAGCAGUGCGACCGAGAAGAAGCACUCAAGGAUUUUAAAAACAGCAGAGUUCGUAUCCUCGUGGCCACUGACCUGGCAUCACGAGGGUUGGAUGUAACCGACAUCACGCAUGUUUUCAACUUUGACUUUCCCCGAAACAUAGAGGAGUAUGUUCAUCGUGUGGGCCGCACAGGCAGAGCUGGGCGGCCGGGUACUGCAGUUACCUUUGUAACCAGAGACAACUGGAGGAUGGCCCCAGAGUUGAUUCACAUUCUCGAGCGAUCUGGACAGGAGGUCCCGACAGAAUUGGUGCUGAUGGCUGAAAGGUACGAGAAGCACAAACGAGAGAGGGAGAUGUUUUCACGAGAGGGACAUAGAGGAGGAGGAGGAGCAAGAGGGGGAGGCUGGAGAGACGGAGGAGGGAGAAGAAAUGGAGGAGGCCGUAGAGAUUGGGAACAAAAUUGGGGAUUCUGAUUCCUUUUCUAUGAAUUGGAAGGUGCCCCAUUUGUCCUUUAUUCAAAGUUUUUAUGUGUAGUUCAGUUUCCUCUGUUUUAUUAUUUUGUUGGCAAAUUUGAUGAAUAAUUGAAUUUUGACAAAUUGUUUGUAUAU